CCGCAGCCAUGGGCUCUGACUGCGCAGCGGGCGCCAGGUGCUCAAGGAGACCGUUUGAAUCCAUCCAAAAAUUUGUUCUACCUAAGCGAUUAUCCUGCCAUUUGUCACCAUAAUUUCGCUUCGAAAGCUGCGGAUUGUGGUUUCCCCCCGUUUAGUCACGUCCCUGUCGCUUUAAAGCUCCAGACAAAACGACCCAUAUGAUUUUCGACCUCCAAUCAUCAUCACUCCCCUGGCCGAGAGUGCGAGCCCUUCUGCAGACGGACAUGGCGAAAAAGGACAGAUGUCUAAACAGAAGAGCGCAGUGUGGAUAUAAAUGACAGCUAUUUUCAUGAAAACGAAGCUCUGAAAUGCUAAGGAGGGGAGACGGUACUCCUUCGAGGCAGAGACCACUGAAUCACCAUGGUACUCAUAGUGGAAAAAACUGCUGAGCAUCCAUCUGUAGAGUUCUCCCUCGUUGAGGAUGUGGCCCUUCACUGCACCUUUUUAAUGGACAGACUGAACAAGCAGCGUCUGUUUCAACCAGACCUAUGUGACGUAGACAUCGUCCUCCUGCACCACAAGACUUCUUUCCAGGCACAUAAAGGUGUCCUAGCAGCCUACAGCCCCUUCUUCCACUCACUGUUCGCGUCGAGUAAGGAGCUGCGGCGUGUGGAACUCUCUUUGGAGACCCUCAAGCCUCAAGGCCUGCAGCAGAUCCUCAACUUCAUCUACACGUCCAAGCUUCUGGUCUCCAGCUGCAAUGCCCAAGACGUGCUCAAGGCAGCCACGGUGCUCCAGAUGAGCAACAUCGCCACUUCCUGCAGUGAGCUUAUUACUAGAGGCUCGCUGGAAACCAGUCCCAGCGUGGACCAAGCCAAACAGGAAGUCAGCUCUCAGAACUGGAGCAACUCAGUGAACUCUAGCUUUCACAUGGAGAUCAAACAAGAGAAGGACCCCACCUGUGCCAGGAUCUAUGGAGGGAAAGGUGAAGCAAACCCAUAUGCUGUUCAGGUUGGCGAUGGGCGUCCAGUGCAAGUAGGCGGCUGUAAAGUAGAGGGGAGGGAAACGGAAAAUCUGAAGGAUCCUGAAGAUCUCGAUUCAUUUAACAGAGAGCAAAUUAUUGUAGAGCUGAACUUGAACAACCAGACACUUAAUGUGUCUAAAGGUUUAGAGGGAAGUGCCGCAGCUCAGUCGCCCUCAGGACAACAGCUUUCUGGCAAAGGAAGGAGGAGCGAUGAGACAGUUGAGGAAUCGAGAGACAACGUGGCUUUGGAGGAGGAGGAAGAUGAAGGUGAGCAAAGCGAAGAUGACGAUGUGAGACUUGAAGGCACCAGCGAGGAGGAAAGUGAGCAUACGUUACCCUCAUUCAUGUCGGAAAGACCAAUACGACAAACCCGGGCCUCCGCUGAUGCUGUCGCGAUGGUCUCCAAGAGAAACAGUGUGAGAGAGAGGCAGGAGACGGCUCAUGGUGGGAACGGUGAGGAGCAUCUGGAUCAGGAUAGCUUGAAGUUUCAGAGCUUCACCUGUGUGAGGUGCCCCAAGACAUUCAACAACCGCUGGUACCUGGAGAAACACAUGAACGUGACACACAGCCGCAUGCAUAUCUGUGAAAAGUGUGGCAAGCGCUUCCUUAUGGAGAGCGAGCUAGUGUUGCAUCAGCAGACGGACUGUGAGAAGAGCAUACAGUGUCUAGCGUGUGGAAAAGCUUUCAGGAAACUGUGGUCACUCCAUGAGCACAAUAAGAUUGUUCACGGCUAUGCUGAGAAGAAGUACACAUGUGAGAUUUGUGAGAAGAAAUUCUACACAAUGGCUCAUGUACGCAAGCACAUGGUUGCCCACACAAAAGAGAUGCCAUUUACCUGUGAGACAUGUGGCAAGUCUUUUAAAAGGAGCAUGUCACUGAAGGUCCACUCCCUCCAACAUUCAGGAGAAAAGCCUUUCCAAUGUGAGGUCUGCAGUGAGCGAUUUCAGUAUAAAUACCAACUGCGCUCUCACAUGAGCAUUCACAUCGGACACAAGCAGUUUAUGUGUCAGUGGUGUGGGAAGGACUUCAAUAUGAAACAGUAUUUUGAUGAACACAUGAAGACACACACAGGAGAGAAACCAUAUAUUUGUGAGAUCUGUGGGAAGAGCUUCACUAGUCGACCCAAUAUGAAGCGGCACCGGCGUACGCACACGGGAGAGAAGCCUUACCCCUGUGAAGCAUGCGGCCAGCGUUUCCGCUUCUCCAACAUGCUGAAAGCUCACAGAGAGAAGUGUUCCCAGGUCAGGAACCCUCCACUGCUGGACUCCUCCGCUAUAACCAACCAAACGGAAACAGCUGCAAACCAAGAACUGCCGGUCGGGAUGGAAACGCUGAGAGAUAUCAGCCCACAUCUGCAUGGCGUAGUCUCUUUUCCAUCAUCUAUGCUUCCCUCAGUGGACGGGGGUCCGUCACAUUCUCAGCUGCGUUCCCUUACGCCGCUCUACUCCGCUGGAAGGACAGACUCCAGGAACCUGUAACUACUGCUCUGUAUUAUAAUAUUGUUUCUUUGUGAGGCAGAGACACUUUUUAUGUAGCCGAGUUUGAGAUUUCAUUUCUUUUCAUGUCAUAUUCUCUGAUACUCAUUCUAAUAUCCCUUCCGUUCCCAUAGUUAGGCAAAGAAGUAUUAGGUAAGAUACUAAAACUAUUACCCAGAUAUACAAAACUAAAUGUUAAGACAUAUAUAUGCUUUUAUGUACAGGAUAUUAACUGAAAAAUAAAUAGACAAAGCAUAUUCGGUUUAUAUAGCUUUCGGAUUACUUUUUAUGGGGUUAGAUGCUUUAUUUUAUGUCGAAGUUUGUCAAUAAGCACUAUUUGUGUUUAGGGUGAUGACCUGUGAUAUAUAUAUACAUAAAUGGAGACUUCAUUACGUAAAUGGAGACUUCACUAGUGAGUAAGGCAGGUCUUGAUGGUGGAAAUGUGCAGUUAGUAAAUUCUGUUUUGGCACUUUUAUGGUUUGUUUGUGUAAGGUUUUUUAUAAACAUGUAUUUAGCCCUUACACUACCAGUCAAAAGUUUUUGAACAGUAAGAUUUUUCAUGUUUUUUAAAGUAGUCUUUUCUGCUCACCAAGCCUGCAUUUAUUUGAUCCAAAGUACAGCAAAAACUAUGAAUUUACUAUUUUAAAAACUGUUUUCUAUUUGAAUAUAUUUUAAUAUGUAAUUUAUUCCUGUGAUUUCAAGCUGAAUUUUUGGCAUCAUUAGUCCAGUCACAUGAUCCUUCAGAAAUCAUUCUUAUAUUCUGAUUUGCUGCUCAAAAACAUUUACUAUUAUUAUUAUAUUUAAAAAUGUUUUUCAGGAUUCUGAAUAGAAAGUUCAGAAGAACAGCAUUUAUCUGAAAUAGAAAUCUUUUGUAACAUCAUAAAUGUCUGUAUCAUCACUUUUGAUCAAUUUAAAGAAUCCUUGCUAAAUAAAAGUAUUAAUUUCUAUAAUUAAUACAAAACAAAAUUUAUAGUGUAUAAUGUUACAAAAGUGUUUUAUUUCAGAUAAAUGCUGAUCUUUGGAUCUUUCUAUUCAUCAGAGAAUCCUAAAAAAAUGUACUUAACUGUUUUAAAUAUUGAUAAUAAUAAUAAUAAUAAUUAUUGUUUCUUGAGCACCAAAUCAGCAUAUUAGAAAGAUUUCUGAAGGAUCAUGUGACAUUGUAGACUGGAGUAACGAUGCUGAAAAUUUAGCUUUGAACACAGGAAUAAAUUACAUCUUAAAAUGUAUUCAAAUAGAAAACAGUCAUUUUAAAAAGUAAAAAUAUUUCAACAUUUUACUGUUUAUGCUGUACUUUGGAUAAAAUUAAUGGAGGCUUGGUGAGCAGAGGAGACUUCUUUAAAAAAACAUGAAAAAUCUUACUGUUCAAAAACUUUUGACUGGUAGUGAUUUUGUGAUAGUUUGAUCAUUUCUGUUAGACUUUUUGUUGUAUUUGUUCAGAAGCACCUUAAAAAUUUAAAUUCAAUCGAUUCUCCAUCUUUGUCUAAAUUGCAAAUGACUAUAAUUUGCAUGUUGUCAACAUGGAAAUUUAUGAGUCAAGUAUACAGCAUUUGUUUUGGUAAAAAUUUCAAAAACCUUGAGGGUUUGUGUUUUUGGUGAUGUUCAAAUUCAUGAAUGUGUUUAGGCUGAACUUUAACAAGUGAGCCAUUUAACAGGUGAGCUAUUAGAGAUUGUAUUAUACUAUUAACAAAAAAAUGUGUUGUUCUCCACUAUUUAGUAUUCAUCAGUCUCAUGCAGACUCUAAUGUUUGAUCUGAAUUAAAAAUCUAUUUUUUAUUGUUUUUAACUGGUUGUUUUUGCACUUGUAGACAGGAAUCGUAUAGUUUCAGAUCUGUAAAUGUUUUUACACAGCAAUAUUUUUGCUAUUUUUUAUGUAUUGGAUAUUACAAUCUUAUUUUAUUGCCGUAGUGUUUUCAUUUCUGUCUAUGUUAUUAAGAAUGUUUUGGUCUAUGCACAGUACUUCAAAACCUGAGAGAUGUUCAGAUCUCUUCAUUCCAGAGUGUUUGUGUUAGCAGCACUAGCUGUUUAUUAUUGAUACAUGAUGAAAAAAUGACUCUGAAGCUCAAUCCGGGAUCCAACAUGAAAGUCAUGACGUCAAGCAGUAUCAACAAGAAAAACAGAUAGCAUACAUAAUAUGAAAUCCUUGUAGUCUUUCACCUUUUUCAUUGUAUGUGGCUUUGGAGGGUGUUUAACUAUAUUUGUGUUAACAUUUACCACAGACUAUUGUGUUUUCUUGUUCAUGUUUUCAUUUUAGUUUGGUCAUUGUCUACAGUAUAUUAGGUUAUUAUUCAGUCACUGCCAUUUAUUUCUCUCUCUCCUUUUUUUUUUUUUGAAUGUAAGAACAUUGUACUUGGUCAUAUUUGUAAAAUGUUCAAUUGUCGUUGUCAUCUAAAACAACAUAAUAGAAUGAUAGAAAUCAAUGUACAUGGAUAUUUAAAUAACUCAAAUGAUUCAACAUUUAAU